UGUGUUAUCUGGAGUGGAGCGGUAGGCCCUUUUGGCUCCGGUUCCAACUCCAGUCAGCCUGCCUCAGCCCUGCGCAGUCAACCGUCAGCGGCGCUACUGGGUGCAGGGAUAUCCCGAUGAAAAGGGAGACCGUUCGGGAGAAGUGUCACAUCUCUACCGGUAAAGACUCCAGACAAGACUCGACCACAGAGACAUCAGUCAUGAGGUGAAGUGGUUAAGAGAUAACCAUCACUAAAAAACAUAAGAAGACUGGGAUGUUGCUGUCAUGUGCCACAUUCACAUACAAAACAGACGAAAAACUCACAUCUUUAAGGACCUUUUGGAAAAUUUGCUCCCUCUGAUUGGAGACACGUUUGGUGACUCUCCUCCCGGACUCAAAGAUUUGCACCACACAGACCCUGCCUUCAUCCAGCAGUGGUUUCCUCAUCCUCUCACUGGACUGGCUGUACUGUCAGUAAGGUUCAAUCACAAAUGUCUACCUCACGAUUAAAAGACCUCUCUCCAACUCUUGGACCCUGAACAGGAUACAAAAUGAACUCAAGCAUUGACCGAGAUGACAGCAGUAUCUUUGAUGGAUCAAUGGAAGAUGAAAAGGACAAAGCAAAACGUGUGUCCCGAAACAAGUCUGAGAAGAAACGCAGAGACCAGUUCAAUGUCCUUAUCAAGGAACUUGGUACCAUGUUGCCAGGCAACACCAGGAAGAUGGACAAGUCCACAAUUUUGCAGAAGAGUAUUGACUUUCUGCACAAACACAAGGAAAUCGCUGCUCAGUCAGAAUCAACUGAGAUCAGACAAGACUGGAAGCCUCCUUUUCUUAGUAAUGAAGAGUUUACUCAGCUGAUGUUGGAGGCAUUAGAUGGCUUUUUCCUGGCAAUAAUGACAGAUGGGAAUAUAAUCUAUGUCUCUGAAAGUGUGACGUCCCUACUAGAACACUUACCUUCGGAUCUCGUGGAUCAGAAUCUGUUGAACUUCCUGCCUGCUGGAGAACAUUCAGAUGUGUACAAGGCUCUAUCCUCUCAUCUGUCCUCUGUCAUGGAGGGGGAGACACUCACGCCAGAGUAUUUGAAAACAAAAAACCAGUUAGAGUUCUGUUGCCAUAUGCUCCGAGGGACGAUUGACCCCAAAGAGCCCCCUGUGUACGAAUAUGUCAAGUUCAUUGGAAACUUUAAGUCCCUGAAUAAUGUGCCUAACUGUACCCGCAACAGUUUUGAAGGAAUGAUCCAGCGAUCGCUUCACUCUGCAUUUGAAGACAGAGUGUGUCUCAUAGCAACCGUGAGGCUAGCCAAACCACAGUUUAUCAAGGAGAUGUGCACUGUCGAAGAGCCUAAUGAGGAGUUCACCUCCAGACAUAGUUUGGAGUGGAAAUUUCUCUUCUUGGACCACAGAGCUCCACCUAUCAUAGGUUACCUCCCGUUUGAGGUCCUGGGUACAUCGGGAUAUGACUACUACCACGUAGAUGACUUGGAGACCCUUGCAAAAUGCCAUGAACACUUAAUGCAGUACGGCAAAGGAAAGUCCUGCUACUACAGAUUCCUCACCAAAGGACAACAAUGGAUUUGGCUUCAGACUCAUUACUACAUCACCUACCACCAAUGGAACUCCAGACCCGAGUUUAUUGUCUGCACACACACGGUUGUAAGUUACGCUGAAGUAAGAGCAGAACAGCGGAGAGAGCUGGGAAUAGAUGAAUCACCACCUGAGAUCACAGCAGACAAGCAGUCUCAGGACUCUGGGUCCGAGUCCCAGCUCAACACCUCAAGUCUGAAAGAGGCUUUAGAGCGCUUCGACCACAGCCGGACCCCGUCGGCCUCGUCUCGAAGCUCACGCAAGUCCUCACACACGGCUGUGUCUGACCCGACCUCGUCACAGAUGAAGAUUCAGGGAGACCGGAGCACACCGGGUCGACAGUCGGUCUCUGCCAUCGAGAUGACAUCACAGCGUAGAUCAUCUAUCAGCAGUCAGCAGUCAAUGAGCUCCCAAAAUACAGGGCAGAACAUGGCACCAUCCAUGGUUUCACAGCCACAGCAGCAGCAACAAGUCCAGACCAGUGGUCAGCCAAUAGUACAGUUCUCCAGCCAGUUAGAAGCCAUGCAACACUUGAAAGAGCAGCUGGAAAAGAGAACCAGGAUGAUUGAGGUAAACAUUCAGCGGCAGCAGGACGAGCUGCGUCAGAUUCAGGAGGAGCUGCAGAGGGUUCAGGGCCAGAGCAUACAGAUGUUUUUGCAGAAAGGGACUGGAGGAAUAAAUAUGAGCUCUGUUCCGAUGGCCUCAACUAAUGCUGUGCAGCAAGGGGGGACGCUGAGCAUGCAGGGCCAGGUGGGCUCUGCUGGACCGCUACAGAGCAACAUACAGCAGCAGCAGCACACUGUCCAGCCCCAAUCCCAACAACAGACACUCUCACAGACUCAGCGAUCGUCUCUCACUCUGCAGCCUCAACAAAAUUCACUGCCUGCGUCUCUCUACAACACAAUGAUGAUUCCUCAGCAAAGCCCUGCUAAUGUGGUCCAGAUUGCUACAAGCCUGGCCCAGAAUACUGGUCCUAAUGCUUCUGCUGUGGCAACAUUUGCACAGGACCGUGCAGCUCAGAUAAGGUUCCCUGCCGCUCCUCAGCUGCUUACCAAGCUGGUGACAGGACAGAUGGCAUGCGGAGCAGUCAUGGUCCCUACGACCAUGUUCAUGGGCCAAGUCGUGACGGCCUUCGCACCUCAGCAGGGCCAGACUCAAACCAUCAGCAUUUCCCAGCAGCCACCGCAGCAGCAGCAGCAGCAGCAACAGCAGCAGCAGCAGGAGCAGCAGGUACAGCCACAGUCCCAGGUCUCAUCCAUGCAGCCUGGGCAGGCGCAGCUUGGACAGCAGCAAACACAGUUCCUCCAGGCUCCCCGGUUGCUUCAUGGAAACCAGUCCACCCAGCUGAUCCUGCAGGCAGCGUUCCCUUUGCAGCAGCAAGGCACCUUCACUGCCGCAAACCAACAACAACAGCAACAGUUACAACAACAGCAUCAACAACAAAAGCAGUUACAACAGCAGAAACAGCAACAACUUCAGCAACAGCAGCAACAACUGGGCCCUCACAGGGCAGAUAGUUUAUCUGAGCGCUCUGCUACACAGCCACAGUAACUGGCAAAAGGCAGCCUGAAGCGGAGCAAGCCAAACCCAGGCGCGGGUGUCUGGCUGGGGGCUAAUGAGGGGGUUCUGCUGAAGAGGCAGUACUGAGACUCAGCCUCAGAGGCCAGGGAGUGAUUGAUGGGGUGGGCUGUUGCCUCCCUCCCCUCACGAGGAUCUUUUGCUGUUUGCACUUAACUCCUGACGACAGUGCUACAAAGAACCCAGGACUGGGCUCACUGUGGCUCUGGCAGCAGGCUUUGGCUCAGAGCUCAACCCUUCUCUCCAAGAAAACAGGGACUCACAGUCCCCAUAACAGACCCCCUCACACCCCUGUAUCCUUGUGUGUAUAGUGUGUGUGUGUCACUCUCACAGGAUUAUUAUAUGCAGAGCCCCUCUGUUAAUGCAUUGGAGCUUGUAUCUGAGCUUCAAGGACAUCCUGCACAACAGCCAGUGGCUUGUUUGUUUUGGAUGUUUUCUCCUAUUAUUGUUUUUCAUGUAAAAAUAAUUAUGGGUCAGAAAAUAUUUUUAAGAAUGUGGUGUAGAUUGAACUUUUAUUGUACAGAACAUCAUGUGUAAUAUAUUGUGUAAAUAUAUUGAAAAAGAAAGAACUAAUAUUUUAUAUGAUGCAUGAAAUGAAAUGCGUAGUCUGUUAUUUGCAGCUUUGAAUAUUCUUUUUUUCUAGUACUCAAAGAAAAAAAGAUCUUAAAAUGCUCAGUGGCUGAUAUUUUCACAGACUUCCUUUCUCCGUGGGGAUGUGUUUGCUUGUGUGUCUGCAUAGCAGACAAUGCUGCUGCUUGUUGUGUCACAGUUUGUUUAAUCCUUGACCCAUAUUUUCACAUAAUUUCAUGAAAAUGUUAAAACUUGUCGUAUUUUAAAGCUUUAUAAGUUGCUCUGAAAUUUGCACAUACAAGAGUGUUUUCAACUUGAACCAGAAAUUGUGAAUUAAAUGAAGGUACCGAAGUUAAACUAAAGGUACUGUACACUCUGCAGUAAGAUUUGAGUCAAAAUUUGCAUAUAUUCUUUUUAAUACAUGCCUCUUCUGCUGAGAUCUCACCCCAUCUUUUAACAUUUGACAAAUCUAUUUUAAAUGUGACUUGUUAACCUGUGGAUGAUGUUUUUCAGACAGAGUUCAAGUAUUUCUGUUAACCCACUGACAUGCUGAUAAUCCACCCUGUCCCUUUGUGGAUCAUCAGUCUGACCAGAUCAGUUCAGACAUCCUUCUCCUUUUCUUUCCGGAGGCCCCAGUCAUUCCAGAUCAAACCCAAACCUCUUAAAGUAGGUGUUUUUGAGAAGUGGUGGCCUCUGUCUCUGAGCUGCUCCUCUGCACAGAUAAGACCAGUCAACCUGCACAGAUUUGAUUUAACCUUUCUUGUUUCUUUGAUCAUCUUAAUUUUUACACUUAUUCAUUUUUUUACAAACCUGAGUCUGACUGAAUCCUGCUUUCAAAUGCAGAUGUCGUAUUUUUAAAGCAGCCUCCAGUCAACAGAAGAGAGAAAAUACUAUUAGACAUCAUUGCAAACAAUGUUAUCAGUAACGUUGUCUGAAUCCACCAUAUUUGUGAAUAUGGUAAAAUAUAGUUCCGGGGACACUUCACAGGGUACAACCCAGCAGGCUCCCAGUCAUUUGACGUUUUCAGUGACUGGUAGUCUGUAAACUAAAUUGUCCUAUGGGGAUAAAUGAAGUAGUUUGAAUUAAAUUGAAUAUUUUAAAAGCUUAGUUAUCUAAAAGAAGCAUCCUAUCACUCGUUGCAUAUUUACCUUUUGAUGUACCUGCUUCCCUGACAGCCUCCAGAUUCCCCAGACCACUACUCAUCUGUGUGAAGUGACAGUAAGCUCAACACAUGCAGGCAUAAGUGGACUGAGGUGUCUGGUGAUACUAUUUGCAAAUAUCCACCUCAUCCAUUCAUCCUCCUACAGAUCUUCAAGAGGUGUUUAAGUGUGUUUGCUAAAAUGUAGUUUCAUUCACACAUUAUGCACAUCAUCGAGCCAACAGAUGCUUGCCGGCCUGGUGUUUGUAAUGCUCCCCUGUUGCUCUGUUUGUAAAUUCAGCUCCUAAUCUGCUCAUAAAAACUGCUUUCCCCAUUGAUAAGGUGAAUGAUGCACUGUAAAAAGUCAUGCUUGUUCAAAGCCGAGCCGUGGGUUGUUGUAGUGUUAGAAUCAGUGAGUUAUAACCCCAGAUUUCGGCAUACAGCUUCAGGAUAUCUGACCAUAAGCUAGCGUGCAUAAGUGGCCUUACAGUGUCUCUGAGAAGAUAUUAUCAAUCACAUUAAACAGCUGCUUUUUCGCAUCUGUUUCCUGAGGACAAGUCAGUGGGCUUGAACAUGCAGAAAAUUGGUUCUGAUGAGAUUUUUCUACCAUUAGUACUUACCAUUGUGGUGCAUUUUCAGUUAUUGAGGUCAUUGUCCUAAAAACUUGAUUUAGUUACACUUGAUCGGCCACAUGUAAUCAGUGUUUUAUUACACUGAAGUACAGGAAACCUUUUUUUCACCCACUCAUUUAUCUCAUUUGAUUGCAGUUAAAACAUCUGAUUCAAGCUUUCUCCACUUUGUUUCUGCAUCUGUCAAGCCUCAUAGCCACAACCUUUCACACUGCCCUCCAUUCCUGCUCAAGUUUUUUUUUUAUUUUAUGAUGCUACUACAUUUCUCAGCUAUGAAUAAAACCCAAUAAUUCCUCUAAAACUCUGAACUGUCCUUCACGGACUUGGAGAAUGGACCUCAUGCUGCAUGAAAACAACUUUUGAGUGUGAAAUACUGUAACUAGUGCAAUAAACAUAGAAGAAUGUAAUGGAGUUGAACACAGAUACUUUGCAUGGAGAGGUGUAAGGCUAUGGGAGUUUUUGCACAAUGACAGGACAUACAGAAAAUAUUUUUCUAUUGCAGAAGUAGACGUCAUUGGGCAAUGACAACAGUGCUACUUUUUAAAUGUGCAAACAUGAAGCUAUACACAAAGGAUCUAAACUAACUGUGACAUACACACAAAGACUGUUGAACUUAUUCCCCCAGGCGGAGUUUGGUCGCUUGUGGAUUUAUGGUUAUGCAAAGAUGAACUGACUCUGCAACAAAUGUAAGGGUUGUUUUCUCUUUUCACAAGUUUUGAUUCAGUUUUAAUAUUGAAUCCGUUCCUGCCAGUGAAGCUGUUUUGACUUAAUGCUGGAAAUAGUUUGACACAUGGUCUUAAACGUUGACAGUACAAGGUUUAAUUUCACUGAUGAUACUAAAUGUACAACGUUUAAAGUUGUAAAAGUCAGUAAUUUCCAAGUCAUAAAGCCUAAGAGAGAACGUUUUGUAUCCAAAGAGAGGGAAAGUGCAGGUGAGCCUGAAAUGGAAGGACACGGUGCAUUAUGUUAAAUGUUGUGUAGUUCUGAUGUACACAUUAGAAACUGAAUGUCUAUCAGUGUUCUCUUUCUCCGCUUUCAGUUUUCGUGUGGCGUUAUUUGGCUCAUGAAAUUUACUGCCUCGGUACAUGAAUUUAAAGAUUGUGGUCACAUCCCAUUCUGUAAUGUUAGAGCAGGUGUUGCUUCUUCAUGCAGGAUAAAUCACAUCUGCUUUGGCAUCGCUGACUUAGAUGGUGCUUAAAAGUAUCAGCUGAACUAAAACAACCUGACAGACUGAAAUUUCUGUUAUUUCACAACUGCAACUGGAGUUUACUACAAACAUUCCUUUGUUCUACAGCAGCAGUUCAGUCUUUUAGGACACAUUAAAUACUCAGCAGUAAUAAAUUUGUACACCAGUAAUUUUCUGCCAAAUGAACGUGACUCUAAACAUAGCCACUGAAAUGUAAAAAUGUUUUGUCUCCAUCUGAGACCAAUAGAAUAAAAAUUGAGUCCUCGUAUCCACUGCUGCCAUCUGCUGUUUAGUUUCAAUCACUUUGAUUUCUCUAUGUAAAAUAACAAAACUUGAGGCAUUAUUUCUUUGUCACGUGGAAGUUCUGUUCUCAUAAAAUAGACCUGCUGGUCUGUGUUGGUGCACUUUAAUCAGAAAAAUACUACUAAUUAAAAAAGUAUGUGAUAUCUACCAGUAUGGAAGUACUAUGUGUGCUGCCUUGCAUUUAUUUUAUGAGCCAAACCAUUCAUAAAUUUUCAAGCGCAACCUUUUAUGGCAAA